AUGGCGGAAGCGGAGGAGCAGCCGCCUGCCUCGCCUCAGAGCGAGGGCCGAAGCGAAGGCGGGGAGGAAGGCCCGGAAGGCGGAGCUGCAGCGGGGGCUGCCGACUCGGCCCCCCCUCCGGCCGGCUCGCCGGGCACCGAGGAGCCCGCCGGCGACACGAAAAAGAAAAUUGACAUCCUGCUGAAGGCCGUGGGCGACACCCCCAUCAUGAAGACCAAGAAGUGGGCUGUGGAGCGGACCCGGACCAUCCAGGGCCUCGUGGACUUCAUCAAGAAGUUUCUCAAGCUGAUGGCCUCCGAGCAGCUGUUCAUAUAUGUCAACCAGUCUUUUGCUCCAUCUCCAGACCAAGAAGUUGGGACCCUCUAUGAGUGUUUUGGAAGUGAUGGCAAGCUUGUACUGCAUUAUUGCAAAACUCAGGCAUGGGGAUGAAUGACAAGCGAUACAGUUGUUUAGGUGUCGUCUUCAAAAAUGGAAAAGGGACUAACUUUCUUAAACUCAACCUGUAAACACACAGAAAGAAGGAUUUUUGCAUUUCUCCUUAUGACUGUACAUUUAUAAAAAAGAUGCAGAUGAAUAGCAUAAAAGAAGAGCUACCUAGGCUAUCUGAUCAUGUAGCUUUUUUCUGAUGUGCAUCUGGGGUACAGAAAAAAAAUCCGUAUCUGCCAUCUAUAGAGUAGAGCCAGCUGUCUUGCUGCUGAGUUCUCAAUGCUAUAUCUGAAGGGGAACUAUUUCAUAGUUGUCUGGAGGACUGGGCAGCUCUGUCACUCUAUACGCUGUACUGAAGAUAAAAGUUCCUUUUUAUUAAAAGGUAUGUUUAUUGUA